CAUCACGAGGCUGAAUCUGAGCCCAAUGAUGAAGACGAGGGCGACAGCAGCCUUGCGCCAGCCAUUGUCCACUAUGAAGAAGAGCUGCCGAGCGCCCCUCAGCUGAGAGAUGCCUCACACUACGUCCUAUCUCCUUCGUGGGACUUUGACGCUCCUCCCACCACAAGAGAGUACCAUUGGACCAUUCUAGAUGGACGUCUGAACCCUGACGGCAUCUAUCGUCCCAUGAUUCUCAUCAACAAUCAGUUUCCCGGGCCAUUGGUCGAAUGCAACGAAGGCGACACCAUCCGCGUCAUUGUCGAGAACAAAGCCACGAAUGCGACUUCGAUCCAUUUCCACGGUCUCUUCCAGAAUGGCACCAACUCCAUGGACGGUGCCGUCGGCAUCACUCAAUGCCCGAUUGCGCCCAACUCGACCUUCACCUACGAGUUCAAGGUCCAGCAUCAGUCGGGCACUUAUUGGUACCAUGCUCACCACAGCGCUCAGGCAUCUGAUGGGCUGCUUGGCCCGGUCGUUAUUCACGCCAAGGAGGAGCGGACAGUGUUGCAGAAGCUGGACUACGCCUCUGAUAGGAUCAUGAUGGUUCAGGACCAUUAUCACAACUUGACGUCUGAGCUCCUGAUGGACUAUCUGAAGCCAGACAUGGGAAACGACGAGCCUGUCCCGGACAAUGGCUUGAUCAACGGCCGCGGCGUGCGUGACUGCGCCGAUUUCCCAGGCUGGGACUGUGAUGCUACUAAUGUCUCAACCCCAAUCCUCGAUCUUGCUGCCGGCCAAAGGCAUCGACUCCGCAUCAUCAACGUCGGGGCUUUUGCCGAGUUCCAGAUCCAGUUCGACGAGCACCCCUUUUAUGUCACGGAAGUCGACGGCACCGACGUGUUUCCCGAACCCUUUCAUCGUCUCAACAUCCUCCCAGCCCAGCGGUACAGUGUCAUCGUGGAAACCAAUGUUACCACCGGCGACGCCUUCUGGAUGAGGGCCAGGAUGGUGACACACUGCUUCACCACCAAGAACCCGCUGCUGAAGCCCGAGAUGCGUGCCGUGAUGCGCUAUAACUCCUCCAAUGACACACCAGCAGACAAGGAACUCAGCGAUCCAACCAGCACAGACUGGCCCGACGCCAUCGAAGUCAUAUGCCGCGAUCUCAACGUCUCCGCCCUGCAUCCGGUGAUUCCCAUGACGCCGCCCCCCGCAGACAAGUACAUGCGUUUCGACGCCAGCUUCAUGAUCGGCGACUGGCGCCUCGCACGCGGCUUCUUCAACGAAUCAACCUGGCACCACAACGCCACCCGUCCCUCGCUGCACCGCUUCCUCGACGCACACUCCAACCUCACCACCCUCAAGUCGCCCAUUGCCGUCAACAGCCUGGCCUUUGACUCCCGAAAGGAACUCGUCAUCCAAACAGAGGGCAUUCGCACCAUCGACCUAGCCAUCAACAAUUUUGACGACGGCUCACAUCCAUUCCACCUCCACGGCCACAAAUUCUUCGUUCUCUACCAAGCCCGUAGCGGAUACCCUCCCUCCGAAACAGACUUCCCUUCCUUCGUCAAGGAGCUCAAUCUGGACGAUAAUCCCCUCCGGCGGGACACCGUCACCGUGGAGGGCUACAGCUGGGCCGUCAUCCGCGUCGUGCUGGAUAGCCCCGGCAUGUGGGCCUUCCACUGCCACAACAUGUGGCACGCCGAGGCGGGCAUGGUCAUGCAGCUGCUUGUGAGGGGCGAUGUCGUCAGGAAGUGGAAGGUUGGCGACCAGGAGAGGGCUGUUUGUGGGCUUGAGGGCGUUACGACGGGGAUGCGGCCCGAUGACAGUAUCUGGUUUGGAAAUUUUGGUAAGAGUUGA